AUUUCUCAUGAGAAAGCUUUAAACAAAACUUUAAUAGCUUUAUACCUAUGUCACAGGCAGAACACAAGACAUUAUUAUAAGAGCUACAAUAGGGUGUAGCCACUUGCUGUUUAAAAGUGAUGAGCCAUGAAGGUGAACAGGGUCCAUGUGAUGCUAGCAGCACUAGCAACUCAGACACAACUCUGGCAGCUGUUGAGAGUGACAAGCCUCGAGUCUGGCAACCAUGGAAUUUUCAAGAAAAGAAAGAGGGUCAGACUGAAGAGAGGAAGGAUUUACCUAGCAGAAUCUGGAAAGUAAGAAGAAUGCAGGAGCGACAGUUGGAGCCACUUGGUCCUGGGAGAAGUGGAGUUCAUCAUCAUAUCCCACCUGCUUCCAGGGAAAGGGGCUUCCGUCACUCACAUGGGAGUUAUUCAAGCAUUCCAUCUGUGAGUGAAGAUGGACCAUUGGACAUGAGAGUAAAGCAGCGAGUGAGUGAGGAUGAGGAUGUCAGUACAAGUAACCGGAACAGCAGUGACGAGUGUGUGGAAACGAGUGCAGUGGACCGUCCAUCGGUGAUCAUGACUUGUGCAUCCUCUCGGAAGAGCAUGAGCCCUCCUCAGUAUCAUGACCACCACCACCACCUAUCCUCGUGUUCUUCCUCCGAGGAAGAUGCCAGUGAAUCUGUCGGAGGAAUGCGAAUCUCAUCCUCCGACACAAUGACACCUCCUCCUCCCCCUCCUCCUCCCAAACGCGAGGUCUUCACUUCCAUUGAAGGAGGGAGUGAGUGCUGUGAUCCAGUGAUAGAUGAGCAUUUCCGUCGCUCCUUGGGUUCUAAAUACCAACAUGUAUUCUCUUCCCACAAAAAGGGAAAUUCAUCAUCCUCCUCCUCCUCUCCAGUGGUUUCUUCCACAUCGGGGGACUUUGUUGAUGAUCACUUCGCAAAGGCACUUGGGGAGACAUGGUUACGUCUACAGGAGCAAGGGAAGGAGCAACCAACAACGACUACAAGAACCUCUCCUGAACUCCUUAUUACUUGAUUGAGAUUCCGUCCGUUUCCCUCUCCCUUCGUAUCUGUUCUGGAGAAGGGCAUACUGAUUCCGAUCAUGGCAGUGAUGACAGUUGUCUUGGCAAUGUCAUUUUUGUCUGCAACCAAAGAGAUUAUCCCUUUAAUUAUGGUGGUCAUUUAUAUUGGCAUAUUGUUGGUUUUUAUUUUUGCUCCUUGUCACAUUUUUAAUGAUCCUUUGCUUGUUACAUGCUGUUUGGAGAAUUGCGCAAUCUCACACUACACAUAUGGUGACUUUGUACAAAUUUAUACGUUUUAUUUUGUUCUCAUCAACGAUUGUAAUUAUUUUCCCCCCUUCUGUGAGGCUUUCUUUCCAUGAUUGAAAUUAAAGUGUUGUUUUUUGAUAUGAAUGAUACAAGAA